CAUUGCCCACUUCUCUUCAUAGUCUGUCCAGUUACUACCAGCCAUGCUACUCUCUCUUCAAGACAAUACUUUGAUUCCAUUUCGCUCAUUUAUCUUCCAUUCAAUUCUUGUACCAUACACCAUCAUCUUCCUCCAUUCACCAUCUCCAACCACUUCAUCCACCAUUUUGUAUGGCAACGAGACUGAUAGGCUGGCCUUACUAGCCAUCAAAGCACAGAUAACCCAAGACCCACUUGGAAUCACCACUUCAUGGAACGAUUCUGUCCAUUUCUGCAACUGGACUGGUGUCACAUGCGGACACCGUCACCAGCGAGUUAACACCUUAAACCUCAACUCCCUUCACUUGGUGGGGUCUCUAUCUCCUUCUAUAGGGAACCUCACCUUCCUUACCGGUCUCAACCUCGAACUCAACAACUUCCAUGGCCAAAUCCCACAAGAACUUGGGCGUCUGUCCAGACUCAGAGCUCUUAACUUGACCAACAACUCCUUCUCCGGAGAGAUUCCUGCCAAUCUCUCCCACUGCUCUAACCUCGUUUAUUUUCGUCUGGGCUUCAACAACUUAAUUGGGAGGAUCCCAUCUUGGCUUGGCUCAUAUCCAAAGGUUGUGAGAAUGCAACUUCACUACAACAAUCUGACCGGGCCAGUCCCAGAUUCUUUAGGCAACCUCACUAGCAUUAAAUCUCUGUCUUUUGCAGUCAAUCACUUGGAGGGAAGCAUACCACAAGCAUUAGGCCAGUUUCAGACUUUAGAGUUUUUGGGAUUGGGCAUGAAUGGAUUCUCUGGUAUCAUCCCUUCCUCAGUUUACAAUAUGUCGUCAUUGAAAGUGUUUUCUUUGGCAUAUAAUAAACUUUAUGGUAGUUUACCCUGGGACCUGGCCUUCACUCUUCCUAAUCUACAAGUUUUAAAUAUUGGCAAUAAUGACUUCACUGGUUCCCUACCCUCAUCAUUAUCAAAUGCCUCUAACCUUCUUGAAUUCGACCUCACCGUGAGUAACUUUACUGGGAAAGUUUCAAUCGACUUUGGAGGCAUGCCUAAUCUUUGGGGACUGUUUCUUGCUUCCAACCCUCUUGGAAAAGGAGAGGCCGAUGAUUUGAGUUUCUUGAACUCUUUAACGAAAUGCAGGGCUUUGCAGGUGUUGGAUCUCAGUGGUAGUCAAUUUGGAGGGGUGUUGCCGAGUUCUAUAGCUAACCUCUCAACCCAACUUAUGAAAUUAAAAUUGGACAACAAUCAGUUGUCGGGAACAGUUCCUCCAGGGAUUGGGAACCUGGUUAAUCUGACCGACUUAAUAUUAGCAAACAAUGAUUUCACAGGGAGCAUUCCUGUCCUUAUUGGGAACCUUCAGAUGUUAGGUCGAAUAGAUUUGUCUAGAAAUCAGUUAUCGGGUCAUAUUCCAUCCUCACUAGGAAACAUCACGCGAUUGUAUUCCCUUCAUCUUCAAAACAAUCACUUAAGCGGGAAAAUUCCUUCUAGUUUUGGGAAUCUUUUGUACCUGCAAGAGCUAGACCUUUCUCACAACUCUCUCAAUGGUACUAUACCUGAAAAGGUUAUGGGUCUUGUUUCCCUUACGAUUUCCCUUAAUCUAGCUAGAAAUCAAUUGAUUGGUUUGCUACCGUCCGAAGUGAGAGAACUGAAAAAUCUGGGGCACUUGGACGUUUCUGACAAUAAGUUGUCUGGUGAAAUUCCUGAUGGCCUUGGCAGUUGUUUAACCUUGGAGCACCUUCAUAUGGAAGGUAACUACUUUAAAGGUUCCAUUCCUCCAUCUUUUAUUUCUUUGAGAGGUCUCCUGGACUUGGAUCUCUCACGCAAUAACCUUUCUGGCCAAAUUCCUGAAUUUCUUCAGCAACUUUCCCUCAGCAAUUUGAACCUGUCUUUCAACAAUUUUGAAGGCCAGCUACCAACCAAAGGGGUCUUCAAUAAUGCAACUUCCAUUUCAGUAGCUGGGAAUAAUAAGCUUUGUGGGGGUAUACCUGAAUUACAUUUGCCUGCAUGCCCUGUCACUAAGCCAAAAACAGGAGAAUCGAAGCGCGGACUCAAGUUGAUGAUCGGAUUACUAACUGGCUUUCUGGGAUUAGUUUUGAUAAUGUCUCUUCUAGUUAUCAAUCGACUGAGAAGGGUAAAGAGAGAGCCUUCUCAAACAUCUGCGUCAUCCAAGGAUUUGAUCUUGAAUGUGUCCUAUGACAGUCUUUUCAAAGCAACUGGAGGAUUUUCUUCUGCCAACUUGAUCGGUACAGGUGGCUUUGGUUCUGUGUACAAAGGAAUUCUGGAUCAGGAUGAGACAGUGGUUGCAGUUAAGGUAAUACAGCUACAUCAGCGUGGAGCUGUUAAGAGCUUCAAGGCAGAGUGCGAGGCCUUGAGAAACACUAGGCAUCGGAAUCUCGUCAAAGUCUUAACCGCUUGCUCAAGUGUUGAUUACCAAGGCAAUGAUUUCAAAGCUCUAGUCUAUGAGUUCAUGCCCAAUGGGAGUUUGGAAAAUUGGCUGCACCCAGUCCCAACACCAGAUGAAAUAAAUGAUGUCCUUCGGAUUUUAAGCCUUCCCCAAAGAUUGAACAUUGCCAUUGAUGUGGCUUCCGCACUGGAUUAUCUUCAUCACCAUUGCCAUAAGCCCAUUGUUCAUUGUGAUUUGAAGCCAAGCAACAUUCUUCUUGACAAUGACAUGACUGCUCAUGUGGGUGAUUUCGGGCUAGCAAGAUUCAUUCCAGAAGCCGCAGGAAGAUCUCACCCCAGUCAGAGCAGCUCUGUUGGAUUGAAGGGAACCAUUGGUUAUGCAGCACCAGAGUACGGAAUGGGAACUAAGGUUUCAGCCCUUGGUGACACAUACAGCUAUGGGAUUCUCCUAUUGGAGAUGUUUACCGGGAAAAGGCCUACUGAGAGCAUGUUCAAUGAUAAACUGAAUCUCCAUAAUUUUGUGAAGAUGGCAUUGCCUGAACGAAUAGCUGACAUUAUAGACCCAAUUUUCCUCUCUAGUGAAGCAAAAGAGGAGGAAACAACUGCCGCAGACAGUUCUAAUCUGGCACAUAUGAAAAGAGAGAAAAUGCAUGAGUGCUUGAUCUCAAUACUUAGAAUUGGAGUUUCUUGUUCACUGGAAUCUCCCAGAGAGCGAAUGGCCAUUACAGAAGCUAUCAAAGAACUGCAACUUAUCAGAAAAAUUCUUCUUGGACAUGGGGUUAGCUUUGGCGCAAGCACUGGGUAGAAGUCUUUUCAAGAUUGAAUUUUAUGGCUUGUUUUUUCUGGUGGUGCUUUGUGGCCUAUCUGGAAAUAUGAUCAUUAGGGAUCCUGAGAUAGAGAUUAAAUAAGCAAUUGGAAACCUUUUUCUCUUUUCUUUUUUCGUUCUUUUUAGCUUAUGUUUGUUUUCUAGAUGGAAGCCAGAUAUUUCAAUACCAUGUUUGAGCAUUUGAGCUUAUGUUUUAA